AUGGACAACUCACGGCCAGGAAGACCCCCAAAGCGUUCGCUAGGAGUUGCGAUCCAGGAAAAUGCACGUCUUCUGCCCCAUGGAGUUCCAGGCCUCUUAUCACCAGGACUUAUCUCUCCGACAGGUUUGACAGCAGCAGCCAUGGCAGAGGCUAUGAAGUUACAGAAGAUGAAACUUAUGGCAAUGAAUAGCCUCCAUGGAAGUGGAAGUCAAAAUGGAACAGAAUCAGAAAAUGAAGAACUCAAUUCUAACGCAGGUGGGAGUGAAUCCUCCUGGGAUAAAGACAAGCUUCAGUCUCCCAUUACAACAGGAUCACAGCACAGCAUUGGUCAUCCCACACUGUCAGGACAGUCGAGCCUUGGAAGUGCGCACCCACUCAGUCCUCUUCAGCAGAACCACCUGCUAACCAACAGGAUAGACCUGCCGUUUAUGAUGAUGCCCCACCCUCUGCUACCUGUCAGCCUACCUCCCGCUUCGGUUGCAAUGGCAAUGAAUCAGAUGAACCACCUCAAUACAAUAGCUAACAUGGCUGCAGCAGCCCAAAUGCACAGUCCUCUUUCCAGGGCAGGGGCCUCUGUUAUAAAGGAAAGGAUUCAAGACAGCCCUUCUCCAGCUCCAUCCCUAGAAGACAGUCAGCGGCCUGGGAGCCAUGCUUCCUCUCAUCAGAGCAGCAGCGUGUCCAGCUCACCUUCCCAGCUGGACAACACACCAGACAGAAUUGCUAUGUUGACCAACAGCAGGGAAGGAGAGCUCAUUGACCAAGAAACCGGGACAAGCCUAAAAAAAAUGCAAAAGGAGAAAGAAGAGGUCCAAAUUGCCAUUCCAGUAAUGAAACCAACCUUAGAUAAAGUCCAACUGGCUGGACAGGCCUUGCCUCCUGGAUUUCCGGCGCCAUUUCUUUUUGCUGAUGGUCUUUCAUCAGUUGAAACACUAUUAACCAACAUUCAGGGCCUGCUGAAAGUGGCUGUGGACAAUGCCAGAGUCCAGGAGAAGCAGAUACAGCAGGAGAAGAAAGAGUUAAAGAUGGAGCUUUGUAGAGAGAGAGAACUCAGAGAGAGCUUGGAAAGGCAACUUACAGCUGAGCUACAAAGCAGAGCAACAAUUCAGAAACGCUUGAAGAAAGAAAAAAAGGCAAAGAGAAAAUUGCAGGAAGCUUUGGAAUUUGAAUCAAAGAGAAGAGAACAAGUGGAACAGGCGCUUAAACAGGCCACAUCAGGUGACGGUCUCAGGAUGUUAAAUGAUGCUGGAAUCCCAGAUAUGGAAAUAGAACACAACGGAACCCAACAUGACAGUGCAGCAAUGCAAGAAAACAGAACAUACAUCAAACCUACCAUCAUGUACUGAAGGAAACACCUAUUGUUGAAAAAUGUAUAAUGAUCACUAUUUGAAGACUAUAUAGUUCAUGAAAAAUGUCCCUUCCAACCUUUGAUGCCUUCAGUACCGUGUGAGGAACAGGAUUUGUAGCAUGAAACUUGAAGGACAAUUUCAAGCAAUUUACUGUUGCUGCAUCGAAAACUGCCGUAUUGUCAUUAAGAAAUAUUGAGACUUUAUACAAGCUUACCAUACCAAACCAAGCCUGUUGCAACAGAUCAUUUUUAGGUCCCCGGAGAUAGAAGGAGUUUUAGUAUUUUUAAGCACAUACAGGAAUUAAUUCCCCUUCCCACCCCCAAAGAACUCCUUUUGUUUUUUUUUUCCUAAGGAGGUAGCUAUUACUGUAUAACAAUGGCACAAUGAUUUUAAGCCACAAAGGUCCUCACUGGCUGUACAUCAUACAAGUCCAGUUUAUCACUGAAACUGUUCAACAUGGAGCUGUUUCGAUUGUGUUUAUAAAUUAAGCUUUGUUUACUGAAGCAGAUACUCGAUAUAUAUUACGUUUUAAAAAGAAAUGUGUGUACAUUUUUUAAAAGAAUGAUGUAAAAAUUGUCCUUUCAUUAGAUGACCAAUUCAGAAGUGUGAGCUAAACCCUAAUAGCUGACGUAAUACGAGGAUUAUAAUUGAUGCUUUUUUAUGCUCAGUUCAGCUUGGCUUUUGGUCUUUUAAGAUGAAAAAAUGAAUAUGCAGUAGAGUGUUAGAUAAUGGAAACUUUUAAGUAUGGUUUCUCUGUUGUACCAUAUUAAGUUAAAGUACACAUUCUUUGUUAAAAAUGUUCUUGCUAAAAAUACAGUAUUAAAAUUUUUUUUGUUUGACUUUGGAAA